AUGUCAGAGAUCGAUCGUUUGCGCCGGCAGGCGAACCUAGCGAAAACACCCAGCAGCCCCCUGGCUAGUCAGAUUAAAAACCUCAAGGCUCUCCUCAGGGCCCGUGAAUGUGAAGUCGCAUUUCUGACCAAUGAACUAACUCGGAGAACUACCGAAUCGGCUUAUCUGAGGUCGGAAAGUCAAAGGGUCGUUGAUCAGCUUGUUGAACCCAAGUUCAUCAUACCACCACCACCGCCGUUUCAAUCUUCCCAAGUUCCCACAGAAGCUAGCAGGACUCCGCUGAAGGCACUGAAUGUAUCGCCCUUGCAACUGUCGAAACCCAAAACGUCACUUCCGUCCCGUGCAUUGAAAUAUACUGGCGAAGAGGAAAACAGUCCCGCGGACUCCACUUACCUUCGCGAUCGUUGGGCUCCCGACGGCCAAGAUGCCACUAGCGGAAGCUCAUGUGGUAUUCUUUGUGACGAGGGCAUAACCGCUCCGACUAUCCUUGGAGAAUUUCCUGUCAGCGCCGUCGUCGAUGAUGCUCAUUCAGACGGCAACAUCAACUCCGCGUUGCUCCCGACCUGCGAGCGGCUGGAUGCUAAGCCGGUCGGUGCCCCCUCUGCCGACCACGAAACGCAAACCGAAGGACAGACGCCUAUAGCAAGGGUUUCAGUGGCCGUCAGCGCAGAACUCGAGUUGGUUACCUCAAAACAGUUGACAGAGCAAGGUACCAACACGUCUUUUGCGCCUUCAGCAGCAGAACAAGGCACCAACACGUCCUUUGCGCCUUCAGCAGCCGAGCAGGGCACCAACACGUCCUUUGCACCUUCAGCAGCGGAGCAGGGCACAAACACGUCUUUUGCGUCUUCAGCAGCGGAGCAGGGCACCAGCACGUCCUUUGCGCCUUCAGCAGCGGAGCAGGGCACCAACACGUCCUUUGCGUCUUCAGCAGCAGACGCGGAGUUAGUUACCGCAAAACAGUUGGUAGAGCAGGGCACCAAC